UUGCAUACACAAAGCCACCCUCCACCUGGUAGCCUUCCCGCUUUUCACACAACUCUCUUCCAUCAUCUUCUCCCCCUUUUUGAAUCUCAAAUCCCUUCUGACUUCCCAACCACGCGAAAUCGCCUUGUGUUCCACGCCUUUGUUCGCGGCACUCUUCCUUCCCUGCCAGAGCUCCUCAGGGUCUCGGCCCUGCGGCAUGGGAGUGGUCGCUCGACUUCAAGUAUUGCGGCCAGUAUAUCUUCCGUCUGAUCUUUAUCUCGCAUCAUGGCCCAUAUUAUACCCUCUCAAGAGCAUCGGCGCAGUAUGGCGCCGAUCCAUGUUCUCAGGGAACUGAUAUCUCAGAGAGAUGACUCUAGUGCCUCAUCUCUCUUGCAUCCUCUGAGCCCUAGGAGAGAGUAUACCACGAGGUUACCACCUGCGCCCCUUGGAACACCUGAGAUGAGCCGCAGUGUGGAAAGCCAGCUAAGAGUCGGUACCUCGAGUGCCGCAAUACAAACUGACAGUAUUCGAGAUAUCAUUUGUGUCUGUCCACCGGAGACAAAAAUUCCUAGGCCGCGAAAUGCUUUUAUUCUGUACCGCCAAUAUCACCAUAGCCAUGUGACAGCUGAAAAUCCGCGCUUGUCCAAUCCUCAAAUCUCUAAGAUUAUUGCAGCAAAGUGGAAAAACGAACUGGCCCAUAUCAAGGGCGAUUGGAAAAGAUUGGCCGAAGAAGAGAAAUAUCUCCAUCGUCUGCAGAAUCCAGAUUAUCAAUAUAGACCGCGCCGUAAGAAAAGCAAGAAAGGAAAGCCGUCCUCCCCAGCAGCAGCUGAAGAGCCAAGCCGGUGCUCCAAGUGCCAGGGUCGACUUAUUGCAACUCCACAAACCCCGACCAGACGCGCGUCAACUCGGCUAGCACCUGGUCUGAGCAAUUCAGAGCCGCGGCCUGGGCCGUCUCAUUCUAUGCUGUCUCCUUCUACGCCAUCUCUCCAUAGGCUAGACAAUGGCAUCUCUAGCCGGACAAACCACGAACUUUAUCAAAUUCAUAGCUUGUCCGUGCAAGGCAGGACGUCCUCGAUUCGAAGUCCUGAAGACUAUGAGCCAGCAUCGCCAGAAGUGAAGAGACGCCGCACAGAUAGCAUGGGAGACUAUCGUUUAGCCAGUGGCCGUUCUGACUUUUACGGCCGAACUCCUGGCGUAGAAUUCGCAAGAUUGGUGUCAGGUGGAGAGUCAACGAGGUCGACUAGGCCAUACUCCUCUUCCACCUUGCCUGAGCUUGCGACGAUGCCCAGGUCACAGAGUUUUCCCUCGCAGCCAACGCAACCCCCACCUCGGCCGUGGGAGAUGAACGCAGCAGGUGGUAGUUCGCCACGAACUCCUUUGUUUGACGAGUCUCUGCGGCUCCCUCCUAUUCAGAUGCCAAUAUCACCAUCCUCUUCACGAGCAAGUAUGGCAGAUAAGUGCGAGACAGGGCCAGACAGGGGCCAUAUGAAGAGAAGAAUAUGGGAAUGAAUAAUGAUUUAUGAUAAUGAACACUAGAAUGGAUGCCAGAAAGAGAAUGAGAAUAGAUAAAAUGGCUGGUAUUGGUA